AUGGUACAGUCAGAUACAGGUAUGACAGUGCGGAGAUGCGCUAUGGACCGUUCCCGAAGGUCCACUAUGAUCCCGGUACCUGGGAGUGUAUUUUGCUUUGGUAUAGGUACGGAGAACUCGGUAUCUGGUAAUUUCAAUACACGACACCGAAUUGUGUCGAGGAAACCAAAAAAAAUGCUUGGCACGAAUCCACAAUGUAACCUGUCAAAGACAAUUUUCCUGGCAACCUCUGUUGGCCCUGUGAGCCGGCGAGAUUCUGGUUCCAUGUGGUUCCCGACAAGACUUGCAUAA